GCCCCGCCCGUCGUGCGUGAGCAGGAUCGCUUCAUGCCGAUCGCCAACGUGAUCCGCAUCAUGCGCAGGGUGCUGCCGGCCCACGCCAAGAUCGCGGACGACGCCAAGGAGAUGAUCCAGGAGUGCGUCUCCGAGUACAUCAGCUUCAUCACCAGCGAGGCCAACGAGCGGUGCCAGCGAGAGCAGCGCAAGACCGUCACCGCCGAGGACGUGCUGUGGGCCAUGAACAAGCUCGGCUUCGAUGACUACAUCGAGCCCCUCACGCUGUUCCUCCACCGCUACCGCGAGCUGGAGGGCGACCACCGCGGCUCCGUCCGGGGGGAGGCCCUCCAACUCAUCAAACACCGAGCCGUUCCCACCGCCGUCCCUGAUAUACCUACGGCUGCCUCCCAGUUCUUCACCACCGCCCCGGUGCCACCGCCGAACUUCGUCAUGCCACCGCCAGCUACCGCCGCCCCGCAGCAUCACAACCUCUUAAGUGAAAGCAUGGUCAGCUACUUCCUCGGCAUGUAUGGGAGUGGGGAAGGAUCCAGUGCAAGCGGAAGCUACUCCCAUGUCAACGGGAUGCCCAACUUUGACCACCCUUAUCCUCCCUACAAAUAACGAAGCACCAACAGGGAUAACUAAGCAAUAUAUAAUAUGUAGUGCAAUAACGUGUGUGUUGUAAGGGGGAGAGGGAUGCUCUUUGGGACUCACUCGAUUACCAAAUGGUCGCAGAGAGCAGAGGUGGAUGAGGUUAACGAGUAAAGUCGAUGGAAUGUGGUAAGGAGUAGCGAUACUUGUGGGAUUAAUGGGGACAGGGAAGGGGAGUGGAACAUGUGGGCGAGGUGGGGUGGACAAGUAUCAGCUUGGGGGUGUGCUUUCUGUGUCUGCAAGCUCGGGAAUAAGAGAAGGUGAGGGUCUUCAGCACUCGUAGCAUCAACCUGCAACGAGGAACGAAGAAGGCUUCGUCUGUGUUAUGCUCUAUAGUUAUCUCCCGUCUCAUCUUCCUUCCUUCUUUUAUGUUAUUAC